AGUAGGCGUUUGGCUUGGCUUUCGAACGGUACUGGCCGAUGUGAGGGAAAGGAGCUGUCAAACUAUUAGCGCCAUUUCUCGUGCAGUUCGACGUUUGCGAAACAUUACAUAUUAUGUUUAUUUCUGUGCAUUAGUGCUAUUAACAUAGCAUUUUCUUGUGAUAUCAUUAACGUUUUCUUAAUAACUGGAUUAAUUAUAUUAACUACGUAGAAGGGCUUGAUAAAAAAAAUUACACUUAGUUCGGUAUGAACGUGAGAUAGUGUAGUUUUCAGUGAAAGUGAGGACGAAUUUUGGAUAUUUUUACAAAAUGAAGCCCGCUCUGAGUUAUUGGGGUGGACUUUUUAUUGCUUUGGCAGCUUUUAUUGACGUCGCGCAGUCACUCUGCGUGCUGGAAUCGGAUUUCGGUUUCAAAAUCAACUGCGCCUUUAAAAAGUCCGGCCUGUUCAGGGUUCGAAACCUUGGCGGUAUCAAAGCUCAUGCUAGUCUAGGAUUCAGUCUUGGAGAUGAGUUGGGCUUCGAGCAGUCACUCACGAACCUUGACCCGAGCAGAAGAAGAUCGGUCAGCGUCAAGAAUGGAGCGCCAAAUAUUAUCGUUGACACAUCUAAUAGGCCGGCUGCCAAACAAGAGAAACGUGGAAAGCAAAACAGAAUUAUGAUGAGACCAAUGUCAUCGGCAGCCCGUCCUAACCAAGCUGCCAUGGAAAAACUGUCCAGCUUACACCGAAGAGUUUCCAGCACCAUGCAGCCUAUAGUCGUGCAAGCUCAAACCGUGGCGACACGAAACACCAUCACGAACGCUAAACCUACGAUCACCUUGGCCAAGCCAAUGCCAAUGGGAGUGCCACCGUUUAGACCUCUACCUCCGAAAGAGGACACCCUAAAAGUGCUACCGAUAGCUUCUACGAAGAAAACCCACUCGCCGCUCGAAGUACCGCAGUCGAUGGGACCAGGACUUGCCUAUACAAACCCAGUCCCCCACCAAGUCCACGACCUGGCGAGCCUCUACCCAGGAUACAACACUAAGAAGGUCGAUGACUAUAACUCCAUAACUGGUUACGGCGACGAUACGACGCUGAAGUUCAACAAAGAGGAUAUAAAUGCGAAGAUAGCCGAAAUAGCGAAAUCGGGUAAUAUUUCAAUGGAGGCCGUGGAAGCGGCUAUCGUACUGAGACAACAACAGUUGUUGAAUAAGUACGCCAAUUUACCUAUCCCAACAACGUCAACGUCGACAUCUACUACAACAACAACAGAGGAGCCAUUGUUGUUCCAAGUGCAACCGGAGCCGGAAAUUGUUGUAGCCUCCGUGCAUCAGAAACCAAAGAGAAACCCAACUAGCGGAAAGGUGAUGAACGCCCCGAGAGAAUAUUACCCAGUCGGAUACGAGAAGAAUUUCGACGACCACUUCCAAUCGAAAGUGGAUCUACCGGAGACGAGUUUUCAUUGCGGAGACCAAAAGUACUUCCCUGGGUUGUAUGGUGAUGAGAGUCUAGGUUGUAUGGUGUUUCACGUUUGCGCAUUGACCGACGACGGUCUCGUUAUGAAAUCGUUCCUCUGUCCGGAAUCCACACUUUUCGACCAGACGAUCCUCAAGUGCAACUGGUGGUUCUACGUUGACUGCAAGAACACUGCGCGCCUGUAUGAUACUAACAUUCCCGUUUCCAAGAGUUAUCAACUCAUGAAGGCGCUCACCUUCUUCUCGUCUUACAAGAAAGAAAUGCAAGAUGGAAACUCGAUGAACCCUGAAGAUAUAGAUGGUAUAAAAGAAGCCAUUACUAUUUUAGAAAAUCAAGAUACCAAAGCAGAUAAAAGUAGUAUAGUUGACGGUUUACAAAUAGUAACCCCACAACCCAUUAUUAUAGAUGAAAGAAAUAAUCAUAGAACACAGUAUUCAAACACUACCUCACCCGUGUACCGUGGCAAUAGAGAGUAUAAUAAUUCCACUGAUACAAGAAAUGCAAGACACAAUACUGAGAGAAAAGAAACAAUCGAAGACGAAUUUAAAUUAGUGACAGUGAAUGCAGACUUAAACUUUACAAACACUAAUUCAACUUCCGCGAGAAAUAGUUCGAAUAGUUCAUUAGAAAGCUCAGAACGUAAGCAUAGAAGACGAAUGACUUUAAGGUUUUCACCCACAACGCAACAAGCUACUUUUCCAACUACAACUCUUAAAUCGGAAUCGGAAUUGACGACAUUCUCAUCCUCUUUAGUAGAAAUAAUGAAACAAGAAAUGCAACCAAUGGAGAAUAUUACCACAGAAGUAAAACAGGAAAAAUUAACAGAUCAGCUUGACAAAAUAGAUGAAACAAAUCUGAAGCAAUCGGAAAAUUCUCCACCUGUCAAAAGAUUUUACAGAUCCAGCGCUGAAAUUAAUAAAGAUGAGAAAGUCAUUGAAGUGAUCAAUAAUGAGAAAGUUCAAAUAGUGAGACCAACUUCAAGCGCUAAACUUGUUGGUGAUUACCCAACUCCAACGGCGGCUAUAGCAAAACUAGAUGAGGCUAUUCUUGGAAGGAGUAACUUAAGAAGAAGGAAACACGUAACGUUUGUUCACCCACUGAAAACUGAAGAAUUUCUAAGUCCGAACCGACAGGGAACAUAGUCCAAAUGUGUUUAGUCAAUAACUAAAUUUAAGUGUCAUAUAAACCUCUUGUUAAUUUAUUUAUUCUCACCAGAUACGUAAGCUUAGGCCAAUGUACUGUUGAUUACGUAUUUGCUCAAUUAUAUUUUAGUCUAGUUGAAGAUUCAGUCAAGUGAUAUUACGGUGUAUGCUUUAGUUGUUUAGAAUAAAACUUGUUUCCUAU